CCGGCGCCGCUAGGAGCAGCGCGCCUCAGGCCCGCGCCCGCCGCAGCCGGCACGAUGCAGCCGGUGCACUCGGAGGUGAAGCCUAACCCGCUGCAGGACGCCAACCUCUGCUCGCGCGUGUUCUUCUGGUGGCUGAACCCCUUGUUCAAAAUCGGUCAUAAACGGAGGCUGGAGGAGGAUGACAUGUAUUCAGUGCUUCCGGAAGACCGCUCCAAGCACCUUGGAGAAGAGUUGCAAGGGUACUGGGAUAAAGAAGUUCUGGCAGCCGAGAACGAGGCACAGGCACCUUCUUUGACAAAAGCAAUCAUAAAGUGUUACUGGAAGUCGUAUCUGGUUUUGGGGAUUUUUACGUUGAUUGAGGAAGGCACCAAAGUAAUGCAGCCCAUAUUUUUGGGGAAGGUCAUUAAUUAUUUUGAAAACUAUGAUCCCACGAAUUCAGUGGAUUUGCACACAGCUUAUGGCUAUGCGUCGGUGCUGACCGCCUGCACACUUUUUUUGGCCAUUCUGCACCACUUGUAUUUUUAUCACGUUCAGUGUGCCGGGAUGAGGUUAAGAGUAGCCAUGUGCCAUAUGAUUUAUCGCAAGGCGCUUCGUCUUAGUAACAUGGCUAUGGGGAAGACGACCACAGGCCAGAUAGUCAACCUGUUGUCCAAUGAUGUGAACAAGUUUGACCAGGUGACAAUCUUUCUGCACUUUUUAUGGGCAGGACCACUGCAGGCCGUGGCAGUGACUGCCCUGCUCUGGAUGGAGAUAGGCGUCUCCUGUCUGGCUGGGAUGGCAGUGCUGCUUAUCCUCCUGCCUCUGCAAAGCUGCAUCGGGAAGCUGUUCUCGUCACUGCGGAGUAAAACGGCAGCGUUCACCGACGCCAGGAUCAGGACCAUGAAUGAAGUCAUAACUGGCAUAAGGAUAAUAAAAAUGUAUGCCUGGGAAAAGUCGUUUGCAGAGCUGAUCGCCAGUCUGAGAAGGAAGGAAAUUUCCAAGAUCCUGAGCAGUUCCUACCUCAGAGGGAUGAAUUUGGCCUCGUUUUUCGUCGCAAGCAAAAUCAUCGUGUUCGUGACCUUCACGGUCUACGUGCUCCUGGGCAACGUCAUCACAGCCAGCCGCGUGUUCGUGGCCGUGACGCUGUAUGGCGCCGUGCGGCUCACCGUCACCCUCUUCUUCCCAGCGGCCAUCGAGAGAGUGUCAGAGUCGAUCGUCAGCAUCCGGAGAAUCAAGGACUUUCUGUUACUUGAUGAAAUAUCCCAGCGCAACACUCAGCUGACCUCAGAUGGCAAAACAAUAGUACACGUGCAGGAUUUCACUGCUUCGUGGGAUAAGGCCUCAGACACGCCCACCCUUCAAGGCCUCUCCUUCACCGUCAGACCCGGGGAGCUGCUGGCUGUGGUCGGCCCUGUGGGAGCAGGAAAGUCUUCGCUGUUGAGUGCAGUCCUGGGAGAGCUGCCCCCAAGCCAGGGCCUGGUCCGUGUGCAUGGCAGAGUUGCCUAUGUUUCUCAGCAGCCCUGGGUGUUUUCUGGAACUGUGAGGAGCAACAUUCUGUUUGGGAAGAAGUAUGAAAAGGAGCGAUAUGAAAAAGUAAUAAAGGCUUGUGCUUUGAAAAAGGACCUGCAGCUUUUGGAGGAUGGGGAUCUGACGGUGAUAGGAGAUCGAGGAGCCACGCUGAGCGGAGGGCAGAAGGCGCGGGUGAACCUGGCCAGGGCAGUGUAUCAGGACGCCGACAUCUACCUCCUGGACGAUCCUCUCAGUGCGGUCGAUGCGGAAGUCAGCAGGCACUUGUUCCAGCAGUGCAUUUGUCAAACCUUGCAUGAGAAGAUCACCAUUUUAGUGACUCAUCAGUUGCAGUACCUAAAAGCUGCAAGUCAUAUUCUCAUAUUAAAAGAUGGAGAAAUGGUGCAGAAGGGAACCUACACGGAGUUUCUGAAAUCUGGGGUAGAUUUUGGUUCCCUUUUAAAGAAGGAGAAUGAGGAAGGCGAGCCGUCUCCCGUUCCAGGGACGCCCACCCUGAGGAACCGGACCUUCUCCGAGUCUUCCGUGUGGUCUCAGCAGUCCUCUAGGCCUUCGCUGAAAGAGGGUGCCCCCGAGGGUCAGGAACCUGAGACCACGCAGGUAACGCUGACUGAGGAGAGCCGUUCUGAAGGGAAAAUUGGCUUUAAGGCCUAUAAGAAUUACUUCACAGCUGGCGCCCACUGGCUUAUCAUCGUUGUGCUGUUUGUGCUCAACAUGGCGGCUCAGGUUGCCUACGUUCUUCAGGAUUGGUGGCUUUCAUACUGGGCAAACAAGCAGAGUGCCCUGAAUGUCACCGUCAGCGGAAGAGGAAAUGUCACGGAGGAGUUAGAUCUUACCUGGUACUUGGGGAUUUACUCAGGGUUAACUGCAGCUACCGUCCUUUUUGGCAUAGCAAGAUCUCUGUUGGUGUUCUACGUCCUGGUUAAUUCAUCACAAACUCUGCACAACAAAAUGUUUGAGUCAAUUCUGAAAGCUCCAGUAUUGUUCUUUGAUAGAAAUCCAAUAGGACGAAUUCUAAAUCGCUUCUCCAAAGACAUUGGACACAUGGAUGACUUGCUGCCGCUGACGUUUUUAGAUUUCAUCCAGACGUUUCUACAAGUGGUUGGUGUGGUAGCUGUGGCGGCGGCCGUGAUUCCCUGGAUUUUGGUACCCUUGGUCCCCCUUGGCAUCCUUUUCAUUGUUCUUCGGCGAUAUUUCUUGGAAACGUCAAGAGAUGUCAAACGCCUUGAGUCCACAACACGGAGUCCGGUCUUCUCCCACUUGUCGUCUUCACUCCAGGGGCUCUGGACUAUCCGGGCAUACAGAGCCGAGGAGAGGUUUCAGGAGCUGUUUGAUGCACACCAGGACUUGCACUCAGAGGCUUGGUUCUUGUUUCUGACAACGUCUCGAUGGUUCGCCGUACGUCUGGAUGCCAUCUGUGCCAUCUUUGUCAUCGUUGUUGCCUUCGGAUCCCUGAUUCUGGCAAAAACUUUGGAUGCUGGACAGGUUGGCUUGGCCUUGUCCUACGCCCUCACUCUCAUGGGGAUGUUCCAGUGGUGUGUGAGACAAAGCGCUGAAGUAGAGAAUAUGAUGAUUUCCGUGGAAAGAGUGAUUGAAUAUACAGACCUUGAGAAGGAGGCGCCUUGGGAGUCCCAGAAACGCCCGCCGGACGCUUGGCCCCAAGAAGGGGUGAUCAUCUUUGAUAACGUGAACUUCACCUACAGCCUGGACGGGCCAGUGGUGCUGAAACACCUGACGGCGCUCGUGAAAGCAAGAGAAAAGGUUGGCAUUGUGGGAAGAACAGGAGCUGGAAAAAGUUCCCUCAUCUCAGCCCUUUUCAGAUUGUCAGAACCUGAAGGUAAAAUUUGGAUCGAUAAGAUCUUGACAACUGAAAUUGGACUGCACGAUUUAAGGAAGAAAAUGUCAAUCAUACCUCAGGAACCUGUUUUAUUCACUGGAACAAUGAGGAAAAACCUGGAUCCCUUUAAUGAGCACACAGAUGAAGAGCUGUGGAAUGCCUUAAAAGAGGUACAGCUCAAAGAAGCCAUCGAAGAUCUUCCUGGCAAAAUGGAUACUGAAUUAGCAGAGUCAGGAUCCAAUUUUAGUGUUGGGCAGAGACAAUUGGUGUGUCUUGCCAGGGCAAUUCUCAAGAAAAAUAGAAUAUUGAUUAUUGAUGAAGCAACAGCAAAUGUGGAUCCAAGAACUGAUGAAUUAAUACAAAAAAAAAUCCGGGAGAAGUUUGAGCAGUGCACUGUGCUGACCAUCGCGCACAGGCUGAACACCAUCAUAGACAGCGACAGGAUCAUGGUUUUGGAUUCAGGAAGACUGAAAGAAUAUGAUGAGCCAUAUGUUUUGCUGCAAAAUAAAGAGAGCCUAUUUUACAAGAUGGUGCAACAGCUGGGCAAGGCAGAAGCCGCUGCCCUCACCGAGACGGCAAAACAGGUGUUCUUCAAAAGGAAUUAUCCAGAGGUCGCUCACACGGACUCCGUGGUUUUGAACACUUCCAAUGGACAGCCCUCAGCCUUAACCAUUUUUGAGACAGCACUGUGAUUCUGCCAAAAUGUUGACUCUAUUCCAAAGGCAUUUUCCAAUUGUGUUUGCACUGUGUAAACUCUAUUGUAAAUUGUUUACUCUAGCAACACUAUGCACACAUUCAAAAAUGAUAGUGUAUUUGGAGUUUUCCCUCAACUUUAUCCAGUGAUUUCAAGCUCUGACAAAAUGAUUUGUUAUUUUUAUUCAAAUGUCACUGUUUUUGUUUAAUCUGAAAUCAGAGGUGCAGGCCACCAGUUUUAAAAAAAAAAAAAAAGAAACCUACCAAGCUUAAUGCCUUACCAAGACCCCAGAGCCAAAGCUCAAUUUGUAAGGAAUAAAAUAAAGUUGUCACAA